CCCCUAAAAAAAAUGCAAGGUUGGAAUGCCAGCAAGAAGUAAACCACACAACAAAAGCAAAUAGUAGGAGGCGUGGAAUGUCUUUUGCCCCUUGUAAUCCUGAUCCGCACCCCACGCCUGGAACAUUCUUGGGCUUGGUUGGAGUUGGGUGGGCUUGCAACCAUGCAAACAUCCUCCAUGUUCUCGCCUGCGAAGCCUACCUUUGCUCCACUUCGCGUGAGGUCUUUGUACACACGUCCGACACCGAGCACUGCAAACGAUCCCAGUUUGAUGGCGGAGGCGGCGGCGGCGGCUGGGGCUGCUCCUAAGUGGGCUCAGAAGACCAUAACCCUACCUCCUCAGAAGAGGGGCUGUCAUCUUAUCACUCCUAAGAUAAAGAAGGAAAUUGCUCAAGAUCUGUCAGAAUUUAAGUGUGGCCUUGCUCAUCUCUUCUUACAGCAUACAAGCGCUUCUCUUACCAUCAAUGAGAAUUACGACUCUGAUGUUCGAGAUGAUACUGAGACAUUUCUCAACAGGAUAGUCCCGGAGGGAAGGUCUGCACCUUGGAGGCAUACCAUUGAAGGCCCGGACGACAUGCCGGCACAUAUCAAAUCGUCAAUGUUUGGCUGCACCCUGACGGUUCCAAUCACAAAUGGACAGCUUAACAUGGGAACCUGGCAGGGGAUAUGGCUAUGUGAGCACCGCGACAACGCUACUCCACGCAAGGUUGUGGUUACCCUCAACGGGAUAUAAGCCUCUAAACUUGAGAGAUUCCUGUUUCUUUACUUUUCCUCGUGUGCAUGUAAACAUGUCCGUCUGACAUGUUGGUAAUAGGAUCUUAGCGAUGUGCCUACCCUGUUACUUGGUUUUAAAGUGAUAAAGCUCAUUGAAUAUGACAUCUGAGUAAUGCUAGUGAUUCAGACUAUUAUGGAAUAUAAAGGCUCCAAACUUCAGAGAUUUCUGUUU